AUGUCCACUGAAAGUGUUGGGGUGUUUUACCCAUCUCACUCGCUGGACCCUAAAGUGCCGAGUAGCACCUGGACACCUCAUGAAGGCGAUACUAGCACAAAGGAACCAGAUGGUCUAGAUGGUGUGGAAACCAUGUGGAGGCCCUCUGCACGGGCCGCACCGUCGGUAAUCUCGGAGACGUUCGUGACUACCGAUAGCGGUACAAAUUGUGGAGAAGCACAUGGGCCGUUGUAUCCAGACAACGAGGCCAGUGUGACAUAUGUAAGAACAAGUGGGGAAUCGAAGAGAGUAGAGAUAGAAGUGUUGGAUGAUGCUGAAGAGGGAAUAGGGGAUGGACAGAUAAAACGAGUCGGAAAGGAAAUAUCCGUUGGAGAGGUAACAGAAGUUGGAGAGGUUUCUGGAGCACAUGUUAUUUGGUCACAGAUUACAGAGAUAUCUCCCAUAGUGAUAGCUGGCACAGGGCUAGAAAUGGCAACAGAAUGUGUAACCUCUGGGAGUAUGAAUAGUUGUACUGACCUUAGUGAUGCUACCAUGACUGAAACGGCUGAUGUAACUACGUCAGCUGCUCUAAGCGUAGAUUACCUACUAACAACCCCAACUGACAGAGUUGACACUAAAAUGGAGAUUUUAAAGCAACUUCCAUCUCAUCUGUCAGCAGCAAGGUACUUUUCCCUUGAGAUAGUCCCCCCUUCCUAUCCAUUCCCCUAUGAAUCAACCAGCUUAUCAAGUUCCAGCAAAGGUCACCAAAAUCAGAUUCAUCUCACAACAACCAACUCCAAACCGUUUUUUAAUUCUAAACACCCUCGAAUCCCUAAAAUCUCACUGGCCUCCCAAAUCAAGCCAAUUUCACACAUUUCUUCAAUCUCUCGAGUCUCUCAAGCUUCUCAAGUCUCCUUCGCCCUCUAUCGUCUUUCUCAGCAUGCUCCACGGGUCACCUACACCUACAAAUCCCACAAGUCUAUCCAUGUGAGGGCUUCUGCCUACAUUAUAUCUCAUUUGAAUCUGCCAACCACCAUGAAUCUAUCUACUUUCUCAUUUUCAUCUCCAGAAUCAUCCAUCUCAUACUCCUUCCCACAGUCACAUUUCUCCAGAUCACCAGAACCCGAAGCUACAACAGCAUACAAGGGCCAAAUUGAAGUUGGCGAAACCUCGAUGGCUGAAACAACAUCUCUUUCUGCUCAAUCCUUUAACAAUGCAUCAUCUCCUCCAACUCUUGCACUCCAUCUAGCCCUACUCCUUUCUCCACUACUUGUGGUGUUCUGGUGA